GUUUCUUUGACUGCAGCUAAGCGUUAUUGUCAGAAAUCGAACUCUGGUUGCCGCGUUUCAACUUGCGUCGCAGCGACGUAUUCUCCCAUUCCAUCUCUGCUCCAGUGAGUCGAAAAUUUCGUGACUGUUAUGAAAUAUGAGGCAUCGUAAGCUCGUUCCGAGGCAACAGAUUGCGUACGAAUCGGCUUACCAGUUGAGAGCCAUUAGGCAGCAUAUAUGCUUUUACAAUUAAAUUCAAAUCCUUCCUUUCUCUCUUUCUGUGACGUCAUAACGGGAAAAUCGAGUGACGCUCCCUCGCACUACCCGUGAGCAUAGUGGUUUGAUUUCAGGUUAGCCAUAAUAUUUGUUAUAUAAUUAGUUCGCCAAUGAACCCUAUUUGUCGGCAAGUAGGAAAAGUUUUAUAUUGGUUUAGUAACUUUGGUUGUUCAUAUAGUUAGCUAGACUGUCUUAUUUGUACUUUUAUACAACUACUCAGGAAAGAACAAAUUCAAGUAUUUCCGUAUAGGUGCUCAAAAUUGUUAAACUGUUUUUUGAAGAUAAGGAUUCAAUAGCAGGUGAUUGUAGUGGAAAACAUAGGCAAGUUUUAGCGAUAAUGUUAAAGAACACACAUGGCCUCACGUACCAAUGUAGGCUUGCUUGAACUUACCAUAUUUGCAUUGUACAUUAAAUUCAAUGUCGCCUCCGGGUCCGACGUGGUGGUUGGGGUGUUUUCUCAAGUCGUACAACAAGAAUCAUGGAGAACAUUUCCUUAUGAGGAUUCCGGGCUGUCUUCCACCGUUGGAUCGCCGAAUUGGGUUGUGUCAGACUCGCCAGACAAAAGACUUUUUAACUAUCGAGAGGCCCUCUCCAUCGUAGAACAAAUGUUCAGGAAAAAUUUCGGUGAUCUUACCGUCUCCAUUUUGUUUCGAGAAAUCGCUCUCGGUUCUACAGUGUCAGUUGCAGGGGCGAUGAGAGAGCUGGUCACGAAUCAAGCUUCAUGUGACUUGUACGUGUUCGGGCUCUCCACUCACGAACAACGUCAUCACGAAACAAACCACCAAGUUAUCUGUGAAGCUGCGGAUUCUGCUGUUUCAUCUUCCAACUUUCCCUCCGUAUCCUGGACUUGCCCGAAAAAUGGAGACGAUUCGGACUCUAAAUCCACUCUUGUAGAUGUCCAACCUCCUCCUUACCUAACAGCCGUCUCCUUGAUGUCCGUCCUUGAUAAAUUUAAAUGGCGAAGGGUCGCGUUAUUGGCAACGUCAAAUCCUGAGCCAUGGGCCGCAGUAUGUAAGCAUGUAGAGCACGCGUUAAUGUCAUCCAAUUACUACACUAUCGAAUACUACGAAAGCUUCACUGACCAGAUCUCCAAGUACAUGUACCAGGAUAAGGAAUUAAACACAGACAAGUUUAGGAAUACAUGGGAAGCAAUCGGUAGCUUAGGGGUCUCAGCCGUUAUAAUGUGUCUUCCGCACGGUUUCGGAAAGGAAUACGAGAACAUGACCAUUGUUGAUGAGUUGUUAUGGAGCGCUUACGAACUCAACGAAAUCAUUGCUGCAGAGAGAGCAUACAUUGUCGUAGAUCCGCAUGGUCUGUAUAGCGGGAAAGGAUUCUCACAGUGGAUGACACGGACCUCGGAAGCGGCUUCGAAAUCACGUCGCAGCGCGAUUAAAAAUGGCCCGAAUUAUUAUGCUGAGUCGAUUAAAAUAGCGGAGGUGCUGGAAUCGACCACGUCGGCAGACGAAGCUUCAACUGCUAGCGGUACCAACGUCGAGCAACCUAGUGAUCUAGGAAUGAACUCGUUCAGUUCAAAUGUCCAUGUACGGCGCAGAUCGGUUGGUAACGAAACAACGAAUUCUACUGACCCAGAAGGUUCUGGAAAACCAAAUAUUUACGAAAACGUCCUCGUUUUGUCACCAACGCUCGACCAGUCAUUCCCAGAAGAACACCUUGCUUUUGUGAAGAGCAGAUCAGCGAAUACUGAGCUGUCCUAUCUUGCGUACUUCUUAGACUCGUUGUAUCUCACCUUGGUCGGAAUAAGUCAAUUCGCCAGAUGGAACUCGGUUCAAAAUCUGAUGGACGGAAGACGUCUUACGAAUCAUUUCAUAAGGCUCGAAAACAUUGCUGGAUUUUCUGGACCGAUUCGUUUUGACAAAGGAAGGCUAUGGAGGGUUAUGAAUUAUACAGUAUGGGAUGUUUUAGGACACGAUGCAGGUAAUCUGCAGAUUACUCCUGUAAUGCGAAUUGAUACAACAGUAAAGUCUAACAGAUUCUACAAGGUUAUCGACUUGAACGCGGUGAAAUGGUCAUCACAAGGAGUACCACUACAGGAUGUGUGUAUUUCUGAAGUAUCUGCUUGCCAACUUGUUCCCAAUGCUAUCAAUGGGUUGAGUGUUUUGGUAGCAAUGAUCAGCGGGACUGGGAUAUAUUUCAUAGGUUAUGGAAUUGUGCAGCUAAUAAGGAAGAAAAGAGAGAUGAAGUCAUAUCUGAAUGGACCGAACAAAAUAUUCUUGGACGAGACGGACCUCACGUUUAUCUCACCUACAAGUCGUAGAAUGGGCGAUGGUGCUUCCAAUAUGCCAAGUUCAAGAUUGGGAAGUAUUGUAACGUUAGCAGACAACGCUGAUGUCGAAGAUAUUACUUACGCUAUUCACAAGGGAGAUUACGUGUUUUUGAAGCAAUUAUGUGGACCUCUUUCUAGUGAACUAAAGAAACAAUCAAAAGACGCACUCCGCCAGGUUCGUGACCUUCGGCACGAAAAUAUCUGCAGUUUUUAUGGUUUGUACUCGAACUCAAGCUUCCAGUUCCUCGUCAUGGAAUACGGGCACAAACGAAGCUUGAAAGAAUUGAUAAAUAACACAGAUUUUGAACUGAACUGGACGUUUAAAAUGUCAUUGAUCAGCGACCUAGUACGGGGCAUCAAGUAUUUGCAUUCCACCCCAAUUGUUUGCCAUGGUCGCCUAAAGUCGAGGAAUUGUAUCGUGGAUGGAAGAUUUGUUCUAAAAGUAACAGAUUACGGAGUAAAUCGUCUUCGAGCUUUGGUAGAUUGUCCAGCACCGGCAAAGGAUAACCCUGCCGAUCUUCUUUGGACUGCCCCAGAAUUGCUUAAUGACCAAAAUCGAAAUUUAAUUGGAACGCAAAAGGGGGACUCCUACAGCUUUUCCAUCAUCUGUCAGGAACUAAUAUUACGAGACGAGCCGUUCUGCAUGUUCAACCUAGCACCAGAGGAACUUAUUGAGAAGUUAAAGAAACCACCACCAUUGAUUAGGCCGUCAGUGUCUCCCGAUGCCGCCCCUAUUGAAAUUAUACAAAUAAUGAGACAGUGCUGGCAGGAACAACCAGAUCUUAGGUUAACUUUCAGUUCCAUCUAUUCUGAGAUCAAGAGAAUGAAUAAAGGAGUGAAACACAACAUCGUGGAAAACAUGAUGAAGCAACUGGAGGAUUACAGUAGUCACUUGGAAGAGCUAGUGAAUGAGAGGACAGCUGAGCUUGGGGAGGAAAAGAAGAAGACGGAAAAUUUGUUGAUGCGGAUGUUGCCACCAUCUGUUGCAAAACUGCUAAUGGCGAACCAGAAAAUCAUACCCGAGUGCUUCGACAACUGUACAAUUUAUUUCAGCGAUAUUUGUGGCUUUACGACUAUUGCUCACAGCAGCACACCUAUGCAGGUUGUUGACUUUUUGAACGACUUGUACACCUGCUUUGAUGCAAUUAUUGAGCAACAUGACGUUUAUAAAGUUGAGACCAUAGGAGACGCUUACAUGGUUUCAUCAGGAAUACCAAAGGUUAUUGGCGAAAGACACGCUGAAGAAGCUGCGCUUAUGGCUCUGGACAUCAUGAGUGCAACAACCACGUUUCGUGUGCAACAUCUACCAGAACUAGAUCUAAGAAUACGAAUCGGCAUGCAUUCUGGUUCAGCUGUUGCGGGCGUGGUAGGGUUAACUAUGCCGAGGUAUUGCUUGUUCGGAGACACCAUUAACACAGCUUCAAGACUGGAGACUACAGGCAUCCCAAGUCGAAUUCACAUCAGCUCUGACACGGCUGAUCUGCUCCAGAAAAGUGAGAAGAAAUUUCAACUUCAGAAAAGAGGGACGAUUGAAUUGAAAGGCCGAGGAACAAUGACGACUUGGUGGUUAUUAGGAUUAGAUGGGUUUAGUAAACCUCUUCCAAACCCUGGUAAGAUCAAUGAACCAAGUCAUGGAAUUAAGUUGGAGAAACCAAGUGUUAACAAAUCUGCAAACAAUUCCAAAGAGUUUGAGGCAAUCAUUCAAGCUAGACGUAAAUCGAUUCUUCAAGGAGAUUCAUCGUUCUACCAUAACUCCAGCGGUGUAACGUUCAAAGAGGAAAAAGAAACAACAUCUUUUAGGAAUCGAGUCACGCAUAGUUCACCGAGUCAACCUAAUUCUCCUAUAACAAGAUCGGGAUCUUCUUUUGUGGUUGCGACUCCUCUAGCUCUUAUACCCCCUCGGCCGGAGGAUUAUUUUCAUCCGGAAACCAAGAACCGUAGACAGUUAUUUAUAUCAAAUAGCAGCGCUGCCGAGGAGGGAGUCAGUAAAUUUCGUGACAACCGGAAUAAACCGGAAAUUUCCGGUGGUUUCGUGAAAGCAAGAAGGUCCCAACUUUCUUCUUUAUUUAGUCGCAAUAACAAAGCAGUCGCUCCUUCUCCUUCUUUGCUUAACACCGUAUCCAGUGAUGGACCCGAAUGAGUUUUACAGGUUGCAAGUGGGCGAAUUAAAUUAUAAAGCAGUGAUCUGCUGCGAGGCGCAGUUCGCUUAAAGGGAGCUUAUAUGUCUGCUGGUAAUUCUUGUAUGGCGCGUGCAAUAGUGAAAGUAACCUGUUUUGAAAUAUGCAUAGUAUUAUCAUUGUGAUUGCUCAGUUUUGCACGAUAACAAUAAGGUGUUACUUUUAUUUAUGUCACUGUCACGUCGUAUUUUUAUCGUUAUCGCUUUUAUUUAAACCAAUACACAAGCGCAAUUGUCCAGCAGAUUGCACCAAAUCUGCGAAAUAUGCUGAGUUUUCCUACGCCCCAAAACAUUCUUCGAAAUCGUCUGGUUGUAAACUGAGCGUUUAAGUUUACUAAAUUUGAAGGUCCACACACACACACUGAGGCAAAAGUGCCAG